AUGCAUAGCAUUUUACUGAGCUUGUUGGCCCUAUCCGGCCUCUCUAUAGCAUGCCCAGACGUGUAUUUCAUCCGCCAUGGCGAGAAGCCAAAUAAUGGAGGCAUAGGUCUCAGUGAUGAUGGUCUGGAACGCGCUGAAUGCAUUCGAAAUAUCUUCGGAGAUCAUUCAGACUAUAAUAUCGGUUAUAUCAUGGCUCAAAAGCCAAAGAAGAGUGGAAAACAAAAUCGACCAUACGAGACCGUAAAGCCACUAGCCGAGGACCUGGGCAUCAAGGUUGACAUAUCAUGCAAGCGAGACGAUUCAGAAUGUGUGAAAGAUACAAUCGAUGAUUAUGAUGGAGAAGGAAAUAUCUUGAUUUGUUGGGAGCAUCAUCGAAUGACAGAUUUGGUGGAAGAGCUGGGAUACGAGGAUGCGCCCCAUUACCCUGAUGAUAGAUACGAUCUCAUCUGGACGGACCCAUACCCGUAUACGGAUAUCACCCAGAUAAUCAGUGAGAAAUGUCCAGGUUUGGAUUGGACACCAGAUGAUUGGCACUAUCAGAUCAAUCUCCAGUAG